AUUUUCCUAUAGCAACACAAGCGGCAUUCAGCUAAUCUGAAAGAAACAGCGUCUUUCGGUAGGCCAAAACUAUGUAACUCUAGCUUGCGGUCUUCCCCUCUCACUUGGAUCACAAGAUGAUGCAAGAAUUGGUCCCAAAUUUCCACUUCCUGGCAGCCAUGGUUGACUACAAACGCAGGCAGGACACAGAUUGGCAUGCAUGCAACUCUACCUCGAAGCACCAUAUAUAAAUAGGGCCAUGUGCCCACCCUUCUCACAUCGAAGCUGCCGCAGAGACCUUUCUCCUUAAGCAAGUAGCUUCACCGAGUGUGCAGGUUGCCAUGGCGGCUCCUACCUUGAUGCAAUGCUUGGUCGCCAUUUCCCUCCUCUCCUGUGUCGCCCACGCACAGCUCUCGACCACGUUCUAUGCAUCCUCCUGCCCCAACCUGCAGAGCAUCGUGCGGAGGGCGAUGAUCCAGGCCCUCAGCAAUGACCAGAGGAUGGGCGCCUCUCUGCUCAGGCUCUUCUUCCACGACUGCUUUGUUCAAGGUUGCGACGGCUCGAUCCUUCUCGACGCCGGAGGGGAGAAGACGGCCGGCCCCAACGCCAAUUCGGCGCGCGGCUUUGAGGUCAUCGACACCAUCAAGACCAACGUGGAGGCCGCGUGCCCCGGCGUCGUGUCGUGCGCCGACAUCCUUGCCCUUGCCGCGCGAGACGGAACCAAUCUGCUCGGCGGGCCGACCUGGAACGUGCCGCUGGGCCGGCGGGACUCGACGACGGCGAGCGCGUCCCUUGCCAACAGCAACCUCCCGCAGUCGACGGCGAGCCUGGGUACGCUCAUCUCGCUGUUCAGCAGGCAGGGCCUGUCGGCGCGCGACAUGACGGCGCUGUCGGGCGCGCACACCAUCGGGCAGGCCCGGUGCACCACCUUCCGCAGCCGCAUCUACGGCGACACCAACAUCAACGCCUCCUUCGCGGCGGCGCUCCGGCAGCAGACGUGCCCGCAGUCCGGCGGCGACGGCAACUUGGCGCCCAUGGACGUGCAGACGCCGACGAGGUUCGACACGGACUACUACACCAACCUGCUGUCGCAACGGGGCCUGUUCCACUCGGACCAGGAGCUCUUCAACGGCGGGUCGCAGGACGCGCUGGUGAGGCAGUACAGCGCCAACCCCUCGCUCUUCAACAGCGACUUCAUGGCGGCCAUGAUUAAGAUGGGCAACGUUGGGGUGCUAACCGGCACCGCCGGACAGAUCAGGCGCAACUGCCGAGUCGUCAACAGCUAGAUGCCGAUAUGGAUCGGAUAUACUUCUAGCUUAGCUAUAGCUAGCUUGCUGAUCGACCGACCGACCGCCCAUGGAUGGGUCGAAACCGACCGACAUGUACAGCUAGCUAGCUUUUCAUCAUGAACUACAGUAUACGAAUAUGGCUAUAGAUAGAAAUCAUCAGUACGGAGUAUAUAGUAGAAUAAGUGGUGAACGACCACGCAAGGAGUGACCGAAGCAGUGUCACUUACAUGGCCAGGUUACCGAAACGAUUCACCUGACCUUUUCCAUUGGAUAUUUUGAAAGGCAACUAUAUAUAAACACCAUCCAUGCGUGUUUACUAU